GGAGUGCAUAUAAUCAACAUAUUACCGAAGGUGUUUAGAUAUUGAUCCUGUAAUACGAGGUAGUUGAAAUUCAGUUCUCUUGCGCCGUAUAGUUUGACUUUACAUAUAUAUAUAUAUAUAUUACCGCGAUCUGUGGAUAAUAUAUCACGCGUAAAAUGCCGAAGAGAAAGUCACCAGAGGAGGCUGAGGUGAAGGAGACCUCCAAAGCCACAAAACCAAAACAAGAGCCAACCAGACGGUCAGAGAGAUUGUCAGUGAAACCUGCUCCAUCCGAGCCUGAGGCCAAGGCUAAGAAGGCCGCUGUUAAGAAAGUGGCCCAAGAUAAGGGGACAAAGGCAAAGAAAGGUGGCGCUAAGGGAAAGAAGGAAGAUGGUCCUGCCCAGAACGGAGACACCAAGACCAAUGAGAUCUACGUGUCUCGUACGUCUGUCAAUGUGUCAUCCUUCAGAAGCGCAGCUCCCUCCCUGAUGUCGGUCAGAGGGCAGAGUGAAACUGUUAAAGUUAAGGGUAACUGAGGCAACGGACGAGGCAGCUGAUGAGAAGGCAUAAAGAAACGGACGCGUCCGCAGGCUCGUCUCCUCUGACUCCAUGGCAGCAAAGCAUCUUUUUUUAUUGAUGAUUUUUGUACCAUGCAGGUUUUUUUAGAUUUGUGAUAGUUGAGAUGGACAACCAGCACCCCUCCACCCAUACUGUAUUUUCUGUCUCCUCCCAUCUUACCGCCCACAGUAUGUCUCUGUUCACUUCUCCUCCAUCCUCCGUUCUACAACACUGUCCAUUACGCCUCACAAGUGAAUUGGUUUCACUGGGCAGCUGCAAAUGAUCUUCAUUGUGCCUGUAGGUGGGGCUAAAGCUGGGCCACUGGGUCAUCUGUAAACCAGCUCCUUGAAUUUGUUAUAAACACCCAACAAAUUAGCAUCCAGAUAAUCAGGCAUGUUGACGAAUAAGAAGAUAUGUUAGAUCUCCUGACAUUUCUCAGUUUAAGUCAAGCAGGUGCAAUAACAUGUCAGCAGUAUUCGCCUGCGGAGCUCCAACAAACCAAGACCUCAGUCACCAUGUAGUAUAAUGUGCAGCUUUUUUAGAAAAAAAAACAAAAACAACCAAUAACAACUUCAGAAUCACAUCCAUUGUGUUUCACCUUGCUCCUUUUGUAUGUGUGUGUAUGGGCAUGAAUGUUUGCGUGAGUCUGUUUGACAUUGUUCACUUUGCUCCUUUACAUCACUCCCCCCCAUCCCAUCCCACCCCGGACGCAGCAGAGUGACAUAGCAAUAAUGAGUGGUGCUUCUGUUUUAGAUGACUAUUGGCUUUGGACCCUGUAGUUUCAUUCUGUUGGGAAAAUAUUUUGAAAUAAAACAAAAAUUUGAUGUCA